AUUUCGUGUCGUGAGCAUGCCAUCGGCGCCGCCAACCUCCCGCCGCAGCGCUUCAGCGACACUGGACGACCUGACCAACUACUAUUGCGGGCUUCGCACGCGACUGAGCGACGUAACGAUCUCCAUUGACUUUAAUACCUGGAGGGUGAACCUUUCUCUCCUCUCGAUACAGACACUCAUCUUGUACGGCACGGUGAGUUGGUGGAAGGGCAACUCGCGUCGCAUUCUCGACCCAUCACCCAGUUUGUAGUUGUUCUCGGAAUGCCGGUUCUCGCUCUUUGCGUUUUCAUCGGUGUGGCUCGGACGAGCGUUCUUCAUGGCGGAGUACGAGAAGAAGUAUGGUCUCCAUGGCAGCAUCAUCCAUAACUUGCCAAAAAGCUCUCUCCUCCGAAGUUUCUCCAUAUCUGGGGCGAUACUUGUCCUGUCCUUUCUCUUUCUUCUGCGAUCGAUAAAGGAUGUCCGCCAACUCGUCGCCCUCCUUGUCGUCCCAUGUUCUGUGAUGCUUGUGGCCGAGCGCUGGCGACACCAUCCUCAUCUCAGCACCCCCUUGGAAUUUUUGUUUGCCCUUGAGCAAGCGUACUUUGUCGGUGUCGUCACCCUUGUUCUCGAUGUGAACCCCACGCUCAUCUACGACCGUGCCGCCGCCAUGGCGGUCAUCAGCACCGCCGUCAUCAACAAUGUGAUGGCUGCCAUAGCCAAGUACUUCAUCCUCCAUUUCACUCAAUAUCAAAUCACGGCACACAGCUUGCACGGCUGGAAGGCCAUUCAGUACCAAGAUGACCUUGCCGAGCCAUGGAUCCGUGGUACGACCUACAUGCAAGGUGCGGUCGUUCGAUACAGCGGGCGGACGUGGGAAGCUAUUGGCGUGCGGAAUGAGGCCGAGCCGGGGAAGUGGUCCAGUCAGCUGCACAUCUUCCUCUGGCGACACCCCUUUCGUCUCUUGACUUUCUUCAUGGCCGUGCAAGUGGUGCAAAUGGUGGUGAUCGGGCUCUUUUCGUUCUGCUGCGACUCGCUCAUGAUGUUAGGGUACGUUGACAAUUUGCUGGAGAAAGAGCUGAUGACAACACUGGACCAGGGCCAUGAUGUUUGUGACCGCCGACUACAUGCAACUCAUGCAUUCGAUUCGGUUUGCCAUCUUGGGGAAAUCCUUUCGAAACGUCAUGCUUCGACCACAAGCGCAUGCAGAGCACGUUGCUUCAGCCACACCGCCCCCCAGCUGCUGAAUCAAUAAGGAACAAAAUCGUACACUGGAUAGG